AUGUAUAAACUUGUGCGAAAGAUACUACGAUUAAAUAUUCUGCAAGUAGAGCAAUAUCGUUCCGCUUCAGCGUGGUUAAAUAGAGCACGGGCCGAUCCUGAGUCGGCUAAAACGGUCGAUGCAGAAAAACUGUUUAUUAAUCCUGACGUUCAGCGACUUCUCACGGAGUUGACUGGUAUGGACCUUGAGAAAAAGGUGUUUAAAACAAGACGGUUAGCAAUUCAGCAACGAUCCCAUUAUGCUUUGAUGACGGAGGAAAGGCUCGACCAGACGAUGGAGAAAAUGCGUGAAGAAGCGCAACGAUUUUUGAGUUUUGUCCCGUUGAAAGAACCGCGAUCUGAAGAGGUGACUAUCCUCUCGAAAGAUCCUGAAAUCGAAGGCUUUGAUAAAUCCAAGUUCGUAUUCACCGAUAUCACAUUCGAUGCUACUGACCAGGACCGUACUGUCGUAGUACGCGAAGUGGACGGCACAUUACGUACUGCUACAACGGAGGAACACGAUCGAAUGAAUCGAACGUAUUAUGAAAAACCAAAUCGACCAGUGUUCCCUCCGCCCGUCUUUGAGGACCCAUAUCUUCAGAACGCUCUCGAUAGGAAGGAACAUGAGUUCGUGCUCGAUUGGGCUUGCUGGUUUUAUGAGCCUGAUGAUCCGGCUUAUAUCAGCCUUAUUCUGCGCGUAUUUGAUCGUGUAGUGGAAGCAGGCGAUUUUGAAGUCUUACACUCAACACGACACUUUGGAACUCUAGUAUUUUAUCUUGCUUUAAACGGGAACAUUCCACCAUUGUUGAAUUAUUUUGGUGCACGAGGCAGGCUUCAGGACUGUGCCAAACUGGUCCGAUUACAGAAGAUCUUGCACCCUGAUUGGCGAACCGCUAUUAAUAGUUCUGAUUCUGAUCUGAAGAUUGUCACAGAUUUCGUAAAAGAGAACAGCAGAUACCGCGAUCAGCUGAAAGAUCUCAACGCGUUCCUCAAGGAUGGUACCGUCAUUCCUUCUACAUCACAAAAUGACGAACAAGUGAAAAAGCACCAAUUUAUGCCAAAGACUACUGUGGAUGCUAGCAAUGUUCGAGGUACUGGCGGUCCGUUGGGUGAACUCAGCCAAGAGUACGAGGUGCAGUUGGUGAAAUCGGAAGGAGAAGAAGAAGCAGAGAAAGGAAACAAGACAGAGGAUCGAAAGGAGCGUCGUGGUCUCCGAACGACAUCAGUCACUCCAAUCAAAUAUCGUCGAAUGAGAUCCGCGGAAAGCUGUUCGUCUCACGCGAAGACUUUGGACUUUGAUUGGCAACCGAGCGGGAACGCAGUGCUUAAGGUUUACAAUUACUGGGAACCGCUUCAUCUACUCUUGUUUGGCAAGGGUCUUCAAACUUGGGAAUAUUCUCCAGUGUAUGCUAUAAGGUCCUAUUUCUACAUUUAUCUCCACUACAUUCCUGCAAAUAUCCUCUAUCACUUAUUGCCUUAUUCAAAAAUUGCAUUAUUCGUUACGUUGCGAUGUUGUAUUGGCAUAUUCACUCUUAUGGCAGAGUUUGCACUCUACAAAGCAGUUUGUAAACAUUUGAGUAUCAGCAUUGGCCGAUUUUUCGUUAUUUUUUCCAUGCUGUCCACGGCUUUUUUUCUGCUGAAAUUUGACAUUAUAUUGGUGCACUUGGCAUUAUUUCUUCUCCAUUUCAGUACUGCCUUUCUGCCCUCUUCCUUUGCUAUGACCAUGAACAUGUACGCUAUGGCAGCGUUUUUAAAUGCAAAAUGGUUCUACGCGAUUUUCUGUACAGCUGUCUCGGCACUUGUUGGUUGGCCUUUUGCUGCCGCACUUGGUCUUCCAAUCGUCCUAGAAAUGCUGGUUAUUCGACCGAAUACAAAGAUGUUCUUGUAUUAUGCUGCCGUGUCCGGCUUUGUCGUUUGUGGUUCUCUUCUAGCGGUCGAUUCUUACUACUAUGGUAAACGAGUUCUGGCUCCACUCAACAUCGUUCUUUACAAUGUGUUUUCUGAACAUGGACCAGAUCUUUAUGGUGUCGAGCCUCUAUCGUAUUACCUGAAGAACCUGGUCUUAAACUGGAAUAUAGCAGUAUUACUAGUUCCACUUGCGAUUCCAUUUUCGGCUUUGAAUUACCUCUUCUCAUGGAAAGCAGCUAAAGAACACAAAAAAUGGGGAAUCCGUGAGUUCCUUUCUGAAGGAUUCGUUUGUGCUACUCUUCAGCCUUAG